CUGAUCCACACUCUAGUUAGGCCUGAUAGAAUUCUACCGACAUGGCUGCCAGCCAGCCUCCUUCUAGUGCUGGAGGAGUGCCCAGAAUCACCUGGACGGAAGAGGAAGUAGACAGAAUGAAUGUGAUUGAGAAUCUACAGUAUGCGAUUAUUGGCAAAUUUUCAUAUGGUUGGCCUGACCUCGAUGAUUUGAGAAUGCAAAUACCUAAACAGUUGAAGAUCAUUGGUGAUUGUAGUAUUGGUUUAUUAAGGAAUAGACACAUUAAUUUGAUUAAACAGCAUGGAUGAUUUUGUUAAUAUCAUGUCUAAGAAUGCUUGUUACAUUGUUAGCUAAAGAUGGUUAUGCACAUCUUCUAUGUGAAAGAAGCUUUAUUUUCACUAGCUUCAGUUGUGGGCAAACCACUAUAUCUGGACAUGGCAACAAUUAAUAAGACGCGUCCCAGUUGUGCAAGAGUGAAAGUUCAAGUGAACCUUAUGACUAACCUUCCCAAGCGGGUGGAAAUAGAGGUCAUAAACCCUGAAACGAAGAACACAAGGAUUGAGAAGAUCAAGAUUCAAUAUGAUUUCUUGCCUAAAUAUUGUCAUACGUGCAAGUUAGAAGGUCAUAAUGAAGAAGAAUGUAGAUCACUUCGUCCUGAAUUAAAGCAUGACAAAAUUCAAGAGGGUCAAGAGAAAGGCGAGAUUCCUCGGCAGCAAAUACAUGGAAGAAACUUCCAAUACAACAGAAGAUAUAAGAGAUUUGUCAAAAGAUGGUGCUCAACUCAGAAAGUAUUCAUAAUGGAAAAAACUGGACAUAAUCAUAUUGUUCCUAAAGCAACUCCUAAUGGCAAUGAGGGGGUGGGGACUUGUAAAGCAUUUUGCAGUUUGGCAGAUGAGGAGCAACAUGAUCACAUCAACGCUGAAAAUUCAAGUCAAGCAACAAUGAAGAGUACAGACGAUGAGGGGAUACAACGACUUUCAGUUGUGCUACAUAUGCAGUAGUAGUUAAAGGUCAGGACAAAUAUGAUUGCAGUCAACAAGAUAACAAAAAUGCCAGCAGCAUACAAGAAAAUAAUAAGGAUAACCUAUGUGCGUA